UGUGAGAAGCCACUGCCAGUCCGGGCAGCCCCGGCGACAUGAGGCGACUUCAGUGUUCGUAAUGCGGGAGGCAGCCCUCGGCCGGCGCCGGUUGCCGAGCCUCUAAAGCUGGAUCUGCAGAGGAUUGUAAUAAGAGUAAUUGGUGCAUGUGUGUUUGUCUUUUUUUUCUCGUUUCCGUUGGAUCGGGCCCCUGUAGAUGGUGUCUGGGGAGCCAAUAGUGCCAGCAGAGGAAGAGCUCCCGACUAGUAUGAAGGAGAUGAUCGGAGGCUGCUGCGUGUGCUCGGACGAGAGGGGCUGGGCCGAAAAUCCACUGGUGUACUGCGACGGGCACGGCUGCAAUGUGGCGGUGCAUCAAGGCUGGGCUCAUGUGGUAUGUGCACUAUAUAUCCCAGAAGUUCAGUUUGCUAAUGUUUCUACAAUGGAGCCUAUUGUGUUGCAGUCAGUGCCACAUGAGCGCUACAAUAAGACGUGCUACAUAUGUGACGAGCAAGGAAGGGAAAGCAAAGCAGCUACUGGUGCUUGUAUGACCUGCAAUAAACACGGAUGUCGACAGGCUUUCCAUGUAACCUGUGCGCAAUUUGCUGGACUUCUUUGUGAAGAAGAGGGAAAUGGUGCAGACAAUGUCCAAUACUGUGGUUAUUGUAAAUACCACUACAGCAAGCUGAAAAAAAGCAGUCUGGGAUUUAGUAGAUCAUUUGAUCAAAGUUUAAGUGAUUCCUCCUCUCACUCUCAGGAUAAACAUGAGAAGGAGAAAAAAAAGCAUAAAGAGAAAGAAAAGCACAGACAGAAAUCCAGGAAGCAAAUGGAACCUUUAACAGCAUUAGUCCCUUCUCUGACAGUAACUACUGAAAAGACAUUUACCUGUAGCAGUAACAACAACUCCACUGUGGCAAGUGUAAAGCGUUUGGAAGAUACUGCUGCUCGGUUUACAAAUGCGAAUUUCCAGGAAGUUUCUGUGCAUCCAUCAAGUGUAAAAGAUGGUCUGGAAGCCCGGAAUUUAGAGGCUAAAGCAAAGAAGACCAUAAGUCACAAUUCCAUUCAGCGUGGAAGAAAGUCUGGCAGUGGUAGGAGUUGUGCAGGGAACACAGCAUCAACAAGUCCUUUUCAGCAAGGUAAUUUUUCUGGUACACCAAACAGUGUUAAGUCAUCCUCUGGAAGCUCUGCUCAGUCACCUCAAGAGUUCCUGAGUUUUACAGAUUCUGAAUUGCGAACAGAAAGUUAUCAUCAACCUCCACAGCCACCAUCAACCAAAGAGGCAACUAAGGGAGAACUUGGACUCCAGGAGGUCUCUAUGAACAGUUUUAGUUCCUUAAUGGGCCUUCCUACAAACCCAAACAUGUCUUUUCAAACCAAAAACUAUGAUAACGUACCUGGAGAUUUUUUGAAUUCAAGCCUUACUGUGACUGGUUACAAACGGGUACAACCUUUGAUAGAUGAAGAUGCUGUAAAAGGAAAGAGACGUAAAGGAAACAGACAGAGUAAACAUGGGCCUGGUAGGCCCAGGGGAGGCAAAUGCCAAGAAACAGCAUCUCAUUUAUCAGUUUCUUCUGCUUCUCCAACAUCAUCUGUUGCAUCUGCAGCAAGCUGUGGUCUUCAAAAGUCUCCCACAUUGCUCAGGAAUGGAAGCUUGCAAAGUUUAAGUGUUGGAUCUUCUCCAGUUGGAUCAGGUACCUACAGUAACACUGAUGCAGCCUUGUGCUUUCCCAGUGCACUGUCUGGUUGCUGCACUCCAGUCUCCAGUUCUUAUGGUGCACAGACCACAGCAACUUAUGCGCAACAAGGAAGUUCCUCGCCAUCUGCGUCUUCAACUAAUGUUCCUGCCAGCACUUCUACUACUCAGGUAAAUGCUCUUCCUGGAUCCUGCCCAACUGUGGUUUCAUCUCACUUAUACAGUAGCCGAAAUAAUUCCAAUCCUACCAUAGGUUCUCUCCCAGGACUGAAUGAAAGCACUCAAGCAGAUCAAGAUCUUGGAGACAAUAACCGAAGCCUUACUGUGAAAGGAGCCUCCCCUAGAGGAAGUCUCUCGCCACGGUCUCCUUUGAAUAAUCUCUCAACUCGCUAUGAACAGUCAGGAAAUGGUAGUUUAGAAAAUGUUCCGCCAGUGGCAAGCAGUAUAGAACAGCUUCUGGAGAGACAGUGGGCAGAAGGACAGCAAUUCCUGCAGGAGCAAGGGACUAAUAAUGACAUAUUAGGAAUGCUGAAAUCGCUACAUCAGCUGCAAGUAGAGAACAGGCGACUUGAAGAACAAAUUAAGAAUCUAACUGCCAAAAAGGAGCGUCUGCAACUUCUAAAUGCUCAGUUAUCGGUUCCUUUUCCAUCAAUAUGUUCCAACCCUAAUGCAUCUCCUCAAGUGCAUACGUACUCAUUACACAACGCUUCUAAUACGGAUUCACUGAAUAUCCGUAAAAGUCCUCACUUAGGAAACUUCCAGACAGACAAUACACUUCAAGUACCAAAUCAGGAUCUCGCCUCAAGUGGACAAAGCACCAGCAGUUCAUCAUCUCUUUCAACGCCACCACCUGAUGGACAUAGCCCAGCACAACAGGCUCAGGGAGUUCAGAGGAUAAAUGGAGGGACUAUGGCAACACUAACAAGCGGCAUUCAGACUGUCACACAAGCCCUUCCUUCUGUGCCGGGUAUGGGUGCAAUAAUUGGGGCCUUGCCAGGAAAUCAGUUGGCAAUAAAUGGCAUUGUAGGAGCCCUUAAUGGAGUGAUCCAAACUCCUGCCAGUUUGUCCCAGAAUACUGCUCUUACUCAUGGGUCUAUACUGCCUAAUGUCACACACCCCAUCACCUCCACACUAACAAACAGUGCCUCAGGAUUAGGAUUACUUACUGAUCAACAGAGACAACUACUCCUUCACCAGCAACACCAGCAAUUUCAGCAGCUGCUUAGUUCUCAGCAACUCACUCCAGAACAACACCACGCCUUGUUAUAUCAGUUAAUGCAUCAGCAUCAGCAACAUAACCAGCAAGAAUUGCAGCAACUGCAGAUUUCUGGAGCUGCACAAUUACCCUUGAGCAAUCUCCUAGCUGGAGCUCAGGCUGCCACUCUGCAUUCGAGCACCACUAAUCCUUUCCUUGCAAUGCACGGGGAUAACGCAGCUCAAAAAGUGACUCAGCGGCUCAGCGAUAAACCAGGAUCAGUUCUGCAAGACAAAAGUUGAUCUGUGGGGAACUGACAAGCACACGUUUUACUGGCACUUCGCUUGCUGCAAUCUGAAGUCUUCCUUUUUGUAGCAAUGAAACAAUGCAACUGAAGACAAAGGACUUGACAAAAUACCCAUCUCAAUCCGUUGAGAACCAGUGAUAUGCAACAUAUUGCAGCACAUUAAGAGGCCUGUGGCCCAGAGAGGGCAGAAAACCUUCAGUUUAAAGGCUUUCACUAUUUAUUUGUUUUCUUGUUGCUUUGUUGCACUGAAACAUGGCUACAUUUUUAAAGUCUACAGAAGUUAAAUACACUGUUGUCUGUAUAACAGAAACUUACUGAACAUGGUAGCUUUUAAAUGAAACGAUGAACAAAACAUUUCCUUCAUUAGCAAGAUAAUUGCUAAAUACUUGGCUUUACUGUUUGUUGGUAUUUAAUGGUGCAAUUUGUUCAGGUUUACCUGUUAGUCCUUCAGAAAUGAAUUCUUUGCUACUGGUCUCUAAAUGGUAUUUAUAUAAAAAUGAAAUGUUAGGUAGAUGCCAAUCCCAGCAGUUAAUGUAUUCUGCAGAGUAAAUGCAGAAACCGGUGGUUGGGGUAAGGACUAGUAUUUCAAUGGGACAGCAUUUUAUUUCAAGUGCCUGUUUCUGAACUCAAAGAGCAGAAAAAAACGAGGCUGGACUGUUGAACACGUAAGAGGAUGAUAUUUAUACGCAGCAGUAAUAAAUCACAUUGCACUAGCUGCUCUCCUCUGUGCCACUUCUGCUGGUUGUGGUAUAUAGCUAUUUAUUUUUCAAUAAGAUGUUAUGCAAUCUUAAACUUCCUGACACUUUUUCGUACGCAUUUGUUUUUUACCCUUUUUUUUUUUUUUUGUGCAAAUGCUUAGAACAGGCAGUGGCUUUAAUUGGUUCACUAACAUUAUUAGUGUCAGUUAUUCAAAGGUAAAUGGUGUGACCUGACUUCAUAACGUUGUUUGCAAAUCUAUAGCGAUCAAGCAGUUGGUGAACGGAUUGCCGAUCUCUAGUUAUGUGUUUGCAUUAUUAAUGGUAGUAGUGAGUUAGAACCCACUGUAAUUUGACCUUCACUGUGUUUUUGGCCAAAUGAACAUGUUAAUUCUGUAAUAUGUCUCUUGGUUAUACUGCACGGUCAUACCUCAUUCUGUAUAUAACAAGCUUUUGUGAGUCUGUUUUGUAAUGUUAAGAAAUGAAUAUGGAAACAAUAUUUUGAUUUGUAAUAUUUUUAAUCGUAAGAUUAAAAUAACAAAGAAAUUUAAUUUAUUUUUAUAUUUUCAGGGGAAUUUUAAAACCUGGUCUUGGGUGUUUUUGUAAAAAAAAUUGCAAAAAAAAAAGUUAAAAUGCAAAAGUACAUGACAUAAACCCACUGCUUAACUUUUUGGUGAUAAUUUACUUAGUGAUAAAAAAAUAAUAUUUUCAAACAAUGUAUGAAGCUUUCCAGAAUAAAUUUUUAAUGAUGUA